AUGCAUUCUUUCGAGAAUCAUAGUGCGGAGGAGAAGAAGCCGGCGGUCUUUCCGCCAUCCAGUGGCGACGAGGAGACGCAACCCACGGCGACACUCGGUACAGUCACGGAGCUUCACGACCUCACGGUUUUGGGCUACAAACCUGAACUACGCCGCAAUCGGUCCAUGUUCACCUUGCUCUUCCAGUCACUGGCAAUCGCAGCAAUACCGUAUGGCUUUGGCGGGCCCCUCAUUUCUGCAAUUUAUGGCGGAGGUCAGCUUCCAAUGUUUCUGGGUUGGGUAGUCGUCCUGAUUGUCGAUGAGUGUGUGGCACUGUCCCUCGGCGAGUUCGCGUCCAAAUAUCCAACCUCUGCCGGGCCUUAUUACUGGUCUUUCCAGCUUGCGAGCCCCAGUGUUCGAACAGUGCUGUCGUUCAUUACCGGUUGGACUUGGCUGAUCGGGAACUGGACAAUCACGCUGAGUGUCAACUUUGGGUUCGCCUCCUUGAUCGCCGCAACUGUGGCACUGUAUCACCCGGACUGGACACCAGAAUCGUGGCAGCUACUGCUGAUAUUCUACGCCAUAUGUUUGCUUACCUUCGUCAUCGUAGCUUACGGGAACAAGCUACUUCCAAUGGUUGAUACCAUCUGCGCCGCAUUCACCGCAAUCAGUAUUCUGAUCACUCUGAUCUGCCUGUCAGCAAAAGCUUCCGUGGGAAGACAUUCAGCAAGGGAUACAUUGGGGUAUUACGAUACUUCUCUGUCUGGCUGGGGCGGGUUUUCCUUCUUUAUAGGCAUGCUCCCUGCAGCAUACACCUUCUCGGCUCUCGGCAUGAUCACAUCCAUGGCUGAGGAAUGUGGAGAUCCUACGACUAAGCUGCCCAAGGCCAUCUCUCUGUGCGUUCCCGUUGGGGGAAUAGCUGGUCUCUUCUUCAUCAUUCCUAUUUGCGCGACUUUGCCACCUUUGGAAGACAUCUUAGCCGCGCCGGUGGGACAAGCCCUCCCGUACAUCUUUGGAGUAGUCAUGGACUCACCCGGCGGCGGCCUCGGCCUGACGUUCCUCGUCCUGGUUAUUACACUGUUCUGUUCUAUCUCCAUCACGGUGGCUGCUUCGCGGUGUACUUGGGCGUUUGCGCGUGACAAAGCUCUGCCCUUGUCUCGACUGUGGUCCAAAGUUGAUGCUCGGCACGGAACGCCCAUCUUGGCUCUGACACUGACUACAGUUGUACAGAUGCUCCUCGGCCUGAUCAACCUCGGCUCAUCUUCAGCUUUCCUGGCUUUCGUCUCGGUCGGCGUGAUCUCAUUGGCUGUUUCGUACGGAAUACCUAUUGCCAUCUCACUGUUCCAUCGCCGGAGAGACGUCAACGGCGCACGAUGGACCAUGGGGAACAGUGUGGGCUGGGUCGUCAACAUCAUCGCCCUUCUGUGGAUCAUUUUCGAGAUGGUAUUGUUCUCAAUGCCAACGGUACUGCCAGUGACAGAGGUCUCAAUGAACUACGCGAUUGUGGUUUUCUUUGGUUUUAUGGCCAUUAGUGCCAUAUGGUAUGCGAUCCACGCCCGCAAAGUCUAUAAGGGGCCGCCAGAGUCGGAUGGGCUCAUUGUUACGCCUUGA